AGCAAACUGAAAGAUUGCAACAAAUUUCGCAAUGGCUCUUCCUGCUUUGCUCACAAGCUUCCUUCCCUCCUUGACUGGCUAUAACCAACCCUCUCUCUUUUUCUCUAGACUCCCUCGCUCCUCCUCUUCCUCCUCGUCCUCCUCCACGGCCUCCGGCCCUCAAUUUAUGACACGCGCUUUGAAGAUUGAAGGUCAAGAGAUUGUGAGACGUUCGGCAAACUGGCAACCUAGCGUUUGGGACUAUGGCCUUGUGCAGUCGCUUGGUGUUGAUUACUCGGAGGAUCAAUAUACGGAGCAAGUCCAAAGGUUGAAGAAAGAAGUCAAGGGUCUAUUUGAGAGGGAGAUGGAUCAGGUGGCCGAGCUCGAGUUCUUUGACGUGGUUCAAAGGCUAGGACUAGGUUACCAUUUUGAGAUGGAGAUCAAGAGCGCUCUAAGUUCAAUCUAUAACAACACCAAAGAUGCUCAGCUUUCGGACGAUCUCUAUGCCGCUUCCCUUCGAUUUCGGCUACUCAGACAACAUGGAUACAAUGUACCACAAGAUGUGUUUAAAAGGUUUAUGAACAUGACCGGCACAUUCAAUGAAUCCCUUAGUAAGGAUGCAAAGGGGCUUCUUGGUCUCUAUGAAGCUUCUUUUCAUGGAUUGGAUGGUGAAACCAUACUCGAUGAAGCCUGGAACUUUGCUUCUAAGCAUAUGAAGGAUCUAAACCUUGACGAAGUUCCCAGCAAUUUAGCAAGCAACGUGAGUCAUGCAUUAGAUAUGCCGAUCCACUGGAGGCCAAACAGGUUGGAGGCUCGGUGGUUCAUGGACAUGUACGAGAAACAGCAAGACAUGAUCCCCUCUUUGCUACGUUUGGCUAAAAUAGACUUCAAUUUAGUGCAGUCAAUCCAUAGGAAGGAAGUUAGCAAUCUGGCAAGGUGGUGGGUUGAACUUGGGGCGAACAAGAUGACCUUCUUUAGGGACAGGCUAGUGGAAAGCUAUUUUUGGAGCUGUAUAAUGGUCUUUGAACCACAAUAUACAGCUUUCAGAGAAAUGAGUACGAAGAUUGGUUGUAUGGUGACACUUAUUGAUGAUGUUUAUGAUAUAUAUGGGACGCCAGAAGAGCUUGAGCUCUUAACAUAUUUCAUUAUUAGGUGGGACAUCACAGACAUCGAUAAGCUUCCUCCAACAAUAAGGAAUAGUUUCAUGGUCUUGUACAACACGACCAAUGAAGUUGGGUAUCAAACGAUGAGAGAGCAAGGAAUCAACCCCAUCCCUUACUUGCGGAAAGUGUGGGCCGAUGAAUGCAAGGCAUACAUGAAGGAGGUCCAUUGGUACAAGAGUGGCAUCAAACCGGCACUGAAGGAGUACAUGGACGUUGCGGUGGAUUCAAUCGGAGGGCUGAUUUUGCUGUUACAUAGCUAUUUCCUAACCACAGACAAACUGACAAAAGAGGGACUUGAUUACGUGUCGAAAAUCCCAAGUGUCAUGCAUUCCUCUGCCAAGAUCCUUCGAUUCAACGAUGAUCUCAGUACAUCAUCGCAUGAAUUGGCACGAGGAGACAACUCCAAGGCACUAGAAUGCUACAUGAAUGAAAGUGGCGCUUCGGAAGAGGUUGCAAGGGAACAUAUUAGGCAUCUGGUGCGCAACAUCUGGAAAAAGAUGAACAAAGAUGUGUUUGAGGACUAUCCAUUCUCCGGGUUUGGGCCUUUUCUAGGUGCAUGUUUGAACUUGGCACGAGCUUCUCAUUGCUUUUAUGAGUAUGGAGAUGGACACGGCCUUCCCGGUCACCAAACCAAGGACCAUCUUGUGUCAACCAUAUUCGAAUCCGUGCCCCUCGACUAGGGAUGCAUUAUUGACCAAGGUGUCGCUAUUGCAGAAAGCCUUUAAUCUGUUUUGUUGUUAUUAGCUUUUGGGGUGGCUCUGUGAGCUCUAAGUUAUUGAAACCAUGGUAACUGAAGUCUGUUGAGGGGUGUUUGUAUAGGCUUGAUAAAAUUCGGCAGAGAAGCACAUGCUAUUUCGUGUUUUCU